UCCUGCUAGUCUGUGGGAUGGUUGGUUAACAAGGCUUGUUACCCCUUUCCACCAUCUGGGGACAGUACUUAAUUCAGUCGGCGCGCCCAUUUAAAUACCAACAUUCCUAUUCCUCCCACAGUUAGACAUAUUCAUUUCUCUUAUUACAAACUACGUUUGCUACAAGCCAACCAUGAAGACCGUUCGUUUCUGGAUCGCUACCGCCCUGACGGUACCCCGGGCUCUAGCAGCCCUCACUGCUACCUCCACCACCUCUACGUCCACCACUUCCACAGCCGCGGCGGCAAGCUGUACAGCUUCCCUCAUCACGAGUCUCUGCGACUACCCGGCCCCGGGCGACGACUUUGCCAUCGCCAGCGGGAGCACGGCCUACUGCUGGGAUUACUGCAACGCCCACCCUCCGUGCAGCUUCGUGAUCUUCGCCGCCGGCGACCCUCUCACCGGAUCCGGCACGUGCUGGGUGUAUCCGGGGCAAUCCUACAACGCGAGCGAGGGGAGCUCCGAUUGCAGCAAUCCCUACCUAUCUGUCUAUAGCGAGCCCGUGUGUUCCGGCGGCAGCGCGACCACCACCACUGCUGGCGCCUGCGCCGCCACCGCGACUCCCACCGCCGUCGCCUCGGUCUGCGGAUACCCGGCGCCCGGCGACUGCUUUGAUGAUUGCCUCGCUAGUACCGGUGCACCAGAGUGUCUGAGUCUAUGUGCCGAGGCCGACUCCUGCAGCUAUGUCGUCUUCAACCCGGAGAAUGCAGACAACUCGACGUAUGCCUCGGGCAAUUGCUGGAUCUACCCGAACGGCACGUACGACGCUGGGUCUGCGACGACUUGCAGUGGUGAUCCGGAGCAGUACGUGUACAACAACGUGUGUCCCAAGACAUCGUCUUCAUCGUCCGCGCUGUCAGCAUCUGCUACGGACACUGGCACUGCAGCCACUACUACGGGCUCUACUGGUACUGAAAUCGCGGAUAAAUCCGCGGCCUCGACUACUAGCAGCGAGAAUGCUGCACCUGCUGGCCUCUCGCUCACUAGUUCAUUGGCGAUAGGCGUGGCUAUGGUAGUAUUGUGGGCGUUUUGGUGAUGUCUCCGAAACUAGUAGGUGGUUGUUCGGCGACACAAAGGAG